AUUAAUAUCCAGUCAUCUUCCCUUUCAUAGUGUCCAUGAGUAAUAAAUAGCCGAUGAAGUCAUUUCUGGAGUUCUUGCAAAUUCUUGCGCUUUCCGUCACCUGCUAUCACUAAACAAAUCGUUAAAUGGUUGUUGUUUUAUCCAAGUGACUCUAAUACUUAGUUAAGGGGAUCGAGUUUAAAAUUCCUGUAAGAACUGAUAUGAAUCCGUUUGUUGUGAUAGCUGACGAAAUGCGACCGACCUACAGACCUAUGUGGCGUGAAGUUGCGAGGACUUUUGAGGUUUGGAGAUAAUGAAAUCAAAAGGAAGUGCUUGGGAUGUUGUCUUUUCCGACCUCUCGCUGAACACGGCAUUAUCCGCGUUAACGCACGGAAACCCACGAAAGCGUGCGCUUUGAAUCAAAGAAUGAUUUCGUGGGAAGCGCGUCUCACGCGAAAGUAUUUUGCAUUUCCCGGGAAAAAAAUGGACACAGCAACCGCAAAAUAAGAUGCAUUUGCACAAUGCCUAUAUAGCAACGUCGCGAAUUUUUUCAUUUGAUUUCAUUUCCGGCAGCUCGGACCGUCCGUCAAUCAAGCGGCAUGUUCAAAAGAAGAAGGGUGGUCUUGGCUCUUCUGCGAAACAAACUACGCGGGUCCGACUGACAAUAGAUCACGCGAGAGCCAAUCACAGAGGCGCUUCUAAGUUGUAUUAGUCAAUUAGCGCAGAGCUACACGAUAGUAGAUUUGCCAAUGAUUUGUGUAGUAGACAAGAAGAGUGUAAACUUGGAACAGCGCUUCAAAUGCGUAUCAUUGCGAGUGGGGGGGUGGAAGAGGAACACAAACCUCCCACGCUCCUCGCUUGAUCGGCGAACUCGGAAAAAAAUUCCAAAGCGAUUACAAAAUCAUAAGGCGCGGUCCUGAAAAUUCGAAGCGCACGGUCAAGGAUUUCAUUUACGCGUCGCGCGCACGGCACUGAAAAUAAUUUUCUGGUGCGCGCACAGUCCGCACAAUGAGUGAUCCUAGCACGGUGGCGCCACAAGAAGAGAGCGUUGCAAACGCUGCAACGGAAACAACACAGGAAACCGUGAACGAACUCGCUCGAGAUGAAAAGCUCUUGUCAACGGAAGUGCCCAGGAAAGGCAAGAGAGGACGGCCGAGAAAAAACUUUCCCGAGAAGCCUCAAGAUGACGGAGCACCCGUUAUAAAACGACCACGAGGAAGGCCAAAAGGAUCCAAGAAUAAAAACCCUAAGCCCAAGCCAGUUGCCACGGGACCAAAGAGACCAAGAGGAAGACCGCGAAAAUGGCCUCCUCCAGAUACAUCACUACCUAAACGGAGCAGGGGAAGACCUAGGAAAAAUGCAAACCCAACUUUAGAGCUUCCCACUAUGGUUGGCAUGGCAGCAGAUCCAACUUUGCAAAACGAUAGACCACCAGUAGUAACUGCACCAAUCGCAACUGAUGUUGUUCCACCAGACGAUUUAUUUAAUAAUGAUGAUGCAGACUGAGCUCAUCGUUGAGACACUGAAAUACCCUUGUACAACAUACUUCUACUCUACAAAGGUUGGCAGUAUGAAGCAGAGUGUAAUGGACAGAAUUGAGAGGUUACUAUGCAAAGUAUUAUAUUGAGAGAUGGAAAAUGAAUUGAAAGAUAUCGAACAAGUUUGGUAGAGAAUGGUAUAUUGGUCGUGUUUGCUUAUAAAAUGUGACACAUAAUUAUAUAAUAUUAUAUAUACAUUAGGAAUAGAUCUUUGCGAAUUGUGCACCACUGUUUAUAAUGUAACACAAUUAUUAAUAUAUGUAUAGAGUAAAUUUAGAAUAUAACAGAUUGCAGCAAAGCUCACUGGAGAACAUUUCACAUGCGCACUUAGUAAUUGCUAUGCUAAUGGCUUAGAUAACAUUAUUCUUGACAUCUUUAUGGUGUCUGCUACAUCUUAUAGAUUCUCUGUGAAUCCGUCAUUGUCCUAAUAAUAUUGGCUGUCAAGUUGACAUUUGAGCAAAGUUGGUACAAUUUCAAUACCAUUUAAAAGUAUAAAGCUGUUAGAAGUAAAAUUAUUUGUCGCAUAUUACCAUUGUAUUGUGUGUAUAUAAACAUUUUGAAUUUAGUAUUAUCACUAUGCAUACAUUUGUAGAGGUGUAAUUUGCCUUUUAACUCAUACAUGGAAUUUCUAAUAAUUCUCAAUGUUGAAAUUAGUAUUAAAACAUAGGUCAGUGUAUUUAUCAUAUUGUGAUAAUAAUAUUAUUGAUCAUGAUGAACUUGUAGAACCAGAAUAACUUGUUUAUCAGGUUCCUUAUUGUCUUCAGCACCAGCAGUGAUCAGCACCUAAUUUUUCCUCAAAGUAUCAGGUUAUCAGAAUUUAGGAUCUGAUUUAAUUAGGAAAAAAAUUCUGUUGUCCUAAUUACUAUAAAAAUUAGUUGAUACUUGUUCUCCUGCUAGGACAAGAUGAGAUAGAAAUAUUUUUAGUCAAUAAUAGAAGGGUUAGGUCACUCUAUUUUUGGUGAUUUGUUACAUAUAAAUCCAGGGG